UCUCCGAGCCUUCCAUGUGAGGGGCAGAGUACUGAAAGCGUGGAAAUCAAUAUUAAAAAAUGUAAAUGCCAGGACACUGGCCUAUGUAUCUCUUCCAGUUUCAUACGAAAUUGAAUAAUCAGCCUUAGAGACUCCGUUGAGGAUGCUUUAAGUAGCCAAACCUUUGCCAUAAGUAGCUCGGGACCAGGGCAGGGCUAUCCCUAAAUAUUGCAGGGAGGCGUCUCAUUUUCCCCGGUCCACGGGAAUUACGUUGCUAACGGGAGUUUGAGCUGGACGAGAGGGACAAAGAACCCUCUUGAGUUGUUGAUUGUUUCAGGCAGUCUUUGCUCCUGCCGCUUUGUAAUCCAAGUGACAUUCGUCUGUGCUUCCACCAUUCUUGCCCCGCACAUGGAGGACACUCGAAGUCUGAGACCUGAAAUCUAUGGCGACCAUAGUGGCUGCGUCGCUUAGUUCUUCUGCUUUCUAAUGGAAGCCACCACGGCUGUGACGGACUGUGCCAUAGAGAUAAGAAACAACCCUGGCAUUCAUUCGACUCGCUAUUACGGUCUCUUUAGUACCUGCUACAAGGGAGGGCAGUCUUUACACUCAAGCUUGGGUCCGCCUUUCUCUCUCGGGAUCGCUCUCGCCCAACUUCCCUAACUCUAUCCCUCAGACGCUCAGCUCUCUCUCCCCUCACGUGUGGCGUGGACUCUAUAGUUCCUGCCGGUGCCCCGCAAUUCUUAUGAAUAACCAAGAGAGGCCUCGCCCCCGGCUGGAUCGGCAGUUCCUCAGGCGUUUCCUAAAGAUCCAAACCAUUUUAUUUCCUACAUGCACUUCCCAGAAUGCACUGAUGUUCCUAACCCUGCUUGCAGUUACCCUUUUGGAGCAGCUGGUCAUUUAUCAUGUGGGACUGAUUCCCAGUCAGUAUUAUGGAGUCCUGGGGAACAAAGACCUUUAUGGAUUCCAGAAAGUGACUAUAUUUGCACUGAUGCUCAUUGUGCUGAACUCCAUGCUGAAGAGUUUUGACCAGUUCAUCUGCAACCUGAUGUAUGUGAGCUGGAGGAAGACUCUCACAGAAUACCUCCAUGGCUACUACUUCCAGGGCCAGGUGUAUUAUACUUUAAAUAUUCUGCACGAGGAAAUUGACAACCCAGACCAGCGGAUCAGUCAGGAUGUGGAGAGAUUCUGCAAACAGUUGAGCUCCAUGGCCAGUAGGCUGAUCCUCUCACCCUUCACGCUUGCUUACUACACGUAUCAGUGCUUUUAUAGCACUGGAUGGAUGGGUCCAGUGAGUAUCUUUGGAUAUUUUAUCAUUGGGACAUUGGUCAACAAGAUCCUAAUGAGCCCCAUUGUUGCCAAACUGGUACAGCAAGAGAAACUGGAAGGUGACUUCAGGUUUAAACACAUGCAGCUGCGGGUGAAUGCAGAAUCUGCAGCGUUUUACAGAGCCGGGGAAGUUGAGCACAUGCGAACCAACCGCAGACUGCAAAAUCUUCUGCAGACACAGAGGGAGCUGAUAGGCAAAGAGUUAUGGCUCUACAUUGGCAUCAACACUUUUGACUAUCUGGGCAGCAUCCUGAGUUAUGUCGUCAUUGCCAUUCCUAUUUUCAACGGAGUCUACGGCGAUCUGGAUCCAGCAGAACUAAGUUCCUUGGUUAGCAAGAAUGCCUUUGUCUCUAUUUACUUGAUUAACUGCUUCAGUCAACUCAUCGACCUCUCCACCACUGUGUCUGAUGUAGCCGGCUACACGCACAGAAUUGGGGAGUUGCAGGAGAUGCUGCUAAAACUUUCCGAGAAACAAAAUGACUGUGAAUCGCAGGCGGAAUGGGACUUCAACAGUGUUUCGAGAGACAAGAUGGUUUCAAGUGACACAGCUUUCCUCCUGGAAGACAUCUCAGUCUCAGCUCCUUCUGAGAAGCUGCUUAUUAAGGAUCUAAACCUGAGGAUUACACAGGGAAACAACCUAUUAAUUACUGGGAACACUGGAACAGGGAAGACAUCUUUGCUGCGUAUCCUCGGUGGCCUCUGGACAACCAAACAAGGAGAUGUCCACAUGCUGACAUGUUUUGGCCCCCAUGGAGUAGUGAUCUUGCCACAGCGACCUUUCUUCACAGAUGGGACCCUGCGAGAACAGGUGAUAUACCCUUUAAAGGAAAUCUAUCCCGUUUCAGGGUCUGCAGAUGAUGAAAGGAUAAUGAGAUUCCUGGAACUGACUGGGCUGUCAGACUUGUUAGCAAGGACAGGAGGCUUGGACAAGCCAGUGGACUGGAACUGGUAUGAUAUUCUCUCUCCAGGUGAGAUGCAGAGGCUGUCCUUUGCCCGGCUGUUCUAUCUCCAGCCCCAGUAUGCAGUGCUGGAUGAAGCCACAAGUGCACUGACAGAGGAGACAGAGAGUGAACUGUACAGGAUUUGCAUCCAGCUGGGGAUGACUUUGAUUAGCGUGGGACAUCGCAGCAGUCUGGAAAAGUUUCACAGUUGGAUUUUGAUGCUAUGUGGAGACGGAAAAUGGGAGCUAACAAGAAUCAAGAAAGACUAAACUGCUGAUCACAAACAACAACAAAAAUGCAGUCAAAGCCACAAACGGCUUCUGUUACCAGAGUGCCAUGAAGCAGCAACACACUUUAAAGGAGUCAUCUGGUGAAGGAUUUUGAACCUCACCAACAAGAACCAGCAAAACUUCUUUCUGAACCAAAAGCCUUCAGUAUAAAGAAUAGGUAUGUGUGUGGGAGCUGGAAGAGGGAAAGGUAACUUCUCAUUACUUUUUAUAAAUUACCUCCAAACCAUUAUUUCUCCUACUCAAAAGUGUCAGCAAGAGAUGAGGAACAAAACUCUCCCUCUUCCAUCUUUGUAUCUUACUCUAAAGGAGAAUAACAUUGCAUGGCAUUGAAAUGUGGCACCAGAGAACUGGAUGUGGCACAGAUUCUUCUCAUCUUGGCCUGUGUCACCUGUAUUUUGUUUCAUUUCAACUUCUUCAUCUGAGCAGGAACCUCUAUAUGGAAAAGGCUGUCUUUCUGCUGAGCUCAGGACUGAGUCUGUUCUUAGUUAUUAACAAAUGGGUAAAUUAUUUCACCACUACAAAUGUGUAUUCAUUGUAUUUAGACGUUCACUAGAAGUGAGGAAAAAGGAGGCAAACUUUUUUUAAAAGGCAAGGUUGCUUACUUCUAGUGAAUUUCUAGAAUGAUACAAAUUAAGCAGAGGAGUCUGUUAGAGGUGAAGAAUAGAAGAAUAGAUCAUGCAAGCAUUCAUUAAGAAGCCAAAAAGUCCUGGAUAGUACCUUGUCUUACAUACCAUGGCAAUGUCCUGCCUUUAGAUGUUUAAUUUGCACAGAGAGACAACAGCCCUCUCAGCUGCAGUCCUAUGAAAACUUUGCAAGGCUGCAGUUUAUGUGAUAGGUAUGGAAACAGGUUUUCAUAUCUGCAGCUGAUACAGAUGUUGAUGGAAGAGUUCAGAUGAACCUCUUGGAGAGAGAUGAGGAAACAUGUUUCUCUCAGAAGCAGGUGAGGUCAUCUGCCCAUAGCUGCUAUGACAUGGAGCUUCCUAGCAGAGAAUCUGUGAUUAUACACAAAGACAAAAUAUUUGGGGUGUGUAUAGAUUAUUUUCCUACAUUUUUGGGGUGGGGGAGCAUGUUUGUAGUUCCAUUGUGUUAGAAUUAAACAGAAGGAGCGGUCAGGGAAACAGAUUUGAAAAUGUAUUCUGUAUUUUUUGAAAGUCCAGAAUCCAUACGAGGACACGAUAAGGCUUUCAAUACUCAACAGGCAAAAUAACCCUGUUUUGUAUAUAGUGUUCCUCUUCUAUCCGUUUGUAAUUCCUCUUCCUUUCUCCUUUAAAAACCAUCCUCAAAGCUUCAGGUGGAGAGAUCUGAAAGUUUUUCUCCAAAUUUGGAAUAAAGUGCUACAUUCAUCUUGAUCUUACCCAAAGGACUAUCAGAAGCUUCUUGUUCUAUGGCUGAGAUUAAGCCACGCGCAAAAUAGACAACUCUCUGUUCAAAUGGGAAGUUUUUUUUUGUUAUUUGUCAUUUUCUUUAUUGGUAAAAGCUAUAAAAAGUAGCUUCUAAACUUUGUGUUAUAAUACAUUAGACUUGGAACACACACACUGUCACCUGGGCAUGGUUUCAAAACGAAAGCAAUCUACUGUCCAAUAUUAAGCAGUAAACGUUUUUCCUGUUUGCUUCAACAAUUACCUAUCCACUUCACCUUCCCGUUUGGAAAUAUGAUUUUGGUGGUUGCUCCAGAAGCUUCUCAUGUACAGAUAACACUUUCUUUUGUCAUCUGUAAUGAUUAAAGCAGGGACAGGAUAUGUGCAGCCUGUAAAAAAAUGGAGAUCGGGAUCAUGGGAGGAGCCGUCUGUGAUCUAAAGAUGGGUAUGUGUGUCCCCAUUCCACUCUACCCCUGGACUAAGGACUGCUGGAUAGCUCAGUGGUUAAGAUAUCUGGCUGCAGAGCCAGAGGUUGGAAGUUCGUUUCCCCACUGUGCC